AUGGGUAACUCAAGUUCAAAAUCUUCUAAAAAGGGUUCACAUUCGAGCUCCUCUUCGAAAAAUCCCCGUCCUCAAGUGUCGAGAACUGAGACUUCCCAUUCUGUGAAGUCCACGAAAUCAAAUAAAUCAUCGAGAUCAAGGCGAUCCCUUCCUUCAUCGUCCACUACGAAUACUAAUUUAAACAUCGCCGAUCCCUCCACUCCAUCGAAGUCAAAUCUUGAAGUUAACCAUCAACGACAUAGCUCACACACAAAUCGUUACCAUUUUCCCUCUAGUUCACAUUCGCAUUCCAAUUCUCAAAACGAAUUGUUAACUACUCCUUCAUCCUCUUCUACAAAGAGGCCUUCUACUUCAAGAAGGUCAAGUUAUAAUACAAAGGCAGCCGCUGAUUUACCUCCUUCAAUGAUCCAAAUGGAACCUAAAUCGCCUAUCUUAAAAACGAAUAAUAGCAGUGCACACGUGUCUAAGCAUAAGUCUCCAUAUUCUUCUACUUAUUAUGAGAACGCCUUAACAGAUGAUGAUAAUGAUGAUAAAGAUAACGAUAUCUCACAAACUAAAAGGGUUUCCAGAUCUUCAAAUUCUCGUCCGUCGAGCAUAAGAAGUGGUUCAGUGUCAAGAAGAAAGUCAGAUGUGACUCAUGAAGAGGCUAAUAAUGGAUUGAACCCCUCUAACAAUCAGGAAAAUUACCUGGUACAGGCAUUGACUCGGUCCAAUUCCCAUGCUUCUUCAUUACAUAGUAGAAAAUCUUCGUUUGGGUCGGACGGUAAUACUGCUUAUAGUACCCCAUUAAAUUCCCCAGGCUUAUCCAAACUAAUAGACCAUUCCGGUGAGUAUUUCACCUCUAAUUCAACAUCCUCGUUGAAUCACCAUUCAAGCCGCGAUAUUUACCCAAGCAAACUCCUCAACCACGAUGACGACAUUGAAAACUCGUCUCAACUGAGUGAAUCCCAUGCCUCAACGGAGAAUAUUAAUGAUAAGCUUAAAACCACCACAAAUAACAUAAAAGAUCCGAAUGAGGAAUUCGAUGAUAUAAUGCACUCUUCUGCAAAUAAGAAUGCCACAAAAAAAUUUAAAAAACCUAUUGAUAUUGAUGAAACUAUUCAAAAAUUAUUAGAUGCGGGCUAUGCUGCUAAGAGAACAAAAAAUGUUUGUUUGAAGAACAACGAAAUUUUACAGAUUUGCAUCAAGGCUCGUGAAAUCUUUCUUUCUCAACCCUCCUUAUUAGAACUCUCUCCUCCUGUGAAAAUUGUAGGCGACGUUCAUGGCCAAUAUGGUGAUCUAUUGAGGCUCUUCACUAAAUGUGGGUUUCCACCAUCAUCAAAUUAUUUAUUCCUAGGUGACUAUGUGGACCGUGGCAAACAGUCGCUGGAAACAAUAUUAUUGUUGUUUUGUUACAAAAUAAAAUAUCCAGAAAAUUUCUUUCUAUUAAGAGGCAACCAUGAAUGCGCCAACGUUACGAGAGUUUAUGGAUUUUAUGACGAAUGUAAACGUCGCUGUAACAUCAAAAUUUGGAAAACUUUUAUCGAUACCUUCAAUACAUUACCAUUGGCCGCCAUUGUCGCUGGUAAAAUUUUUUGUGUUCAUGGUGGAUUGUCACCAGUUUUAAAUUCUAUGGAUGAAAUCAGACAUGUUGUUAGGCCCACUGAUGUGCCUGAUUUUGGUUUAAUCAAUGAUCUUUUAUGGUCUGAUCCAACAGAUUCACCUAAUGAAUGGGAGGAUAAUGAACGUGGUGUAAGUUACUGUUACAAUAAGGUGGCCAUUAACAAAUUCUUGAACAAGUUCGGCUUUGAUUUGGUUUGUAGAGCCCACAUGGUUGUGGAGGAUGGUUAUGAAUUUUUCAAUGAUAGAAGUCUUGUUACUGUAUUUUCUGCACCGAACUAUUGCGGAGAAUUUGAUAAUUGGGGAGCCGUAAUGAGCGUAAGUGAAGGUUUGUUAUGUUCUUUUGAAUUGUUAGAUCCCCUAGAUAGCGCCGCCUUGAAACAAGUUAUGAAGAAAGGCAGACAGGAAAGAAAACUGGCUAACCAACAGCAGCAGAUGAUGGAAACAAGCACGAUAAAUGACAACGAAUCUCAACAGCAAGUUUACUGA